GACCGAUGUAGUGAAUCCCCUGAUUAAACUGACGUCAUUCAUCAGCAGAUGCCAAGGUCGACACCACAGUGACAACGAUUGACCAGCAUGUGCAGUAGAUUAUUUUCCUACGUAAACCUGAGUUGAGCGUGGUAACAAACACCGUGCAUUCAUAUUUGUCCUUUGGAAACGUACAAUUCGACUUGAACUCCAAAUUGGAUCUUUUGAGAAGUUUAGCUUGCGAGGACUUCUUGUAACGAUUGCCUUAGCACAGUGAAAGGAAGCACGCUAGGCUAAACAGUCUGCACGUGAGAAAAGUGGGAUACCAGCGUACACGUGCAUUCCUCUAUCAUGGCAACAGCUGUGCAAUUUGUGUUAUCCAAACUACUGUGGCCCUUGUGGAGGAGAGCUGAGGGCAACGAUGAUGAGAAGUUUGGUACAGCUACUGAGGAGAUCCAACAGGUGCGUGGAGGCGUGGUGACUCGCCUGUGUCAGGACUACGGGCUGAUCAACGACUCCAUCUACUUCACCUCCAGAGAGGUCCUGGGGGGGGUGCCCCUGCGGGCGGGCGAUGCUGUCAGCGCAAUAGCAGUGCGUGACGGAGUUCAGUGUGGCUGGAGGGCCAUCAGGGUGGAGCGCCAGGCUGAUGCGUGGGAAGACAUGGGAGAAGUGUCGCUGGAGAACGACUUUGAAAAGCUCCGACCGCUGGUUGGCACAGUGACCUCAUGUGACUGCGAUGGAGGGUUCAUCAAUCAGACAACCUUUUUUUCACACUCUGCAUUGUGUGAAGGCUAUGAACCAAUGAAGGGAGACUGGGUGCAAGCGCAGUAUAUAAUCAGUCCCACUCACUGGUCCAGUCAGGCCCGUACGGUUUCCCCGCUGCGUUAUCGCCGCCUCGACCAGGUGCGCGUGUCCAGUGUGUUCGGCAGCAGUGGCGUGGUGGAGGACAGCGUGUUCUUCAGCCUGGACGCGCUGCUGCUACCCGCUCAGUACCGACCUGGGCCGGGCGACCUGGUCAGUGUGGUGGUGGUGGAGAGCAGUCAGUCCUUCUACUGCUGGAGGGCUCUGUGCAUGGCCCCGUCUCACAGUGCGGGACCUUCGCUGCCCAUGCCAGAAGCAGAGCUUGAGUCUCUGCUGGAGAACAAAGAAGGCCUGGUGGUCAGUGAGGUCACUGACUUUGGAGAUCUUCUGUUAGGAGAGAGCAAAGAGCUUGUGAUCUGGAUAGAGAACAAGGGCUCAGAAGCCCGUCAGCUGAAGUGCUGUGAUUUUGCUGGCUGGGAUUCACAAGAGCAGUUCACCUUUAUCCUGGACCUGAGCAUGGCUAACUCUCUGGAUGGCAAGUCGCCCCUCUUGCAGCUUGGCAAAAUGUGGAUGUUCAAUGGCGGGCCCCAGGUGCCAAGCAACCCGUACACAGCCUACAUGCGAGCUCGCGUGCCCGCGCCGGGCAGCAUCGGGGGCUACGGCUUCUGCCCACUGCCCACUUUCCCCGGACGGGUAGAGGACGAAGAGCAGCUGCAGAGAGACGAGGUGGACGGAGACGCCGAGGGCUCGGACGUUAUGUACGAGGAGCUGCAGCAGGCCGCUGGGCAGAAGAGCGCCACCCGCAGCCUGGAGAGAGACCUGCAGAUCGCGCCCGGACAGAAGGGCUCGGUGACCGUCGGCUGCCGUGGAAAGAGCAUGGGUCGCUGUGCUGAGCUGCUCCUGCUGCACUUCUCCUCCUUCACCAUCGGGCGGCGCCUGGAGGUGGCAGUGAGCAGCAGGGAGGAAAGGCUGUUGCUGCCUAGUGCCCCCUACUGCCCAGUCUCCCAACUGCGACAGCAGCAGCAGCAGCCGACCACCGUGCGCACAGUCAUGGCCCCUGCUCCAGUGAGGACAUCAAAAAGGCACUUGCCAAACUUUUUGGGCACCUACCCAGUGCCCCAGGCUCUUCGUGAUUGUGUGGAGUCCAGGAAUGACGUGCUGGUGGUUCAGCCCCAGUUGGGAGAGCCACUGUCCCUGGCCAACCUGCAACAGCGCUUCUCCACUCUGCUGUGGCUGGAGGAGCUGCAUGCCGAGUCCGAGCUGCGGGAGUUCAGCAUCAGUGGCGCGCUGCUCCGCAAGGGAGCCGUCCACCUGCACCUGGAGGUACCUGGCCUGGCCGAGGGCCGGCCCAGCCUGUUCAUCGGUGACAAGGUGCUUCUUAAAAAGCCUCUAAUUGGGGGUGUGGUGGUGGAGUAUGUUGGCUAUGUCGCAGAGAUCAAUGAGGAGGAUGUGAGUCUGCGAGUGAAUUAUGAUUUUCAUCAAGCCUACCUUGGGGAGCCUUUAGACGUGGAGUUCACCUUUAACAGGUUGACUAUGCGUCGGUGCCAUCUGGCCAUUAAUCAGGCAAAGGACUUUGGAGAUGCUGUGCUAUUCCCCAGUGAGUUGACCCCUCAGGCCCCUCAGUGGGUGGGAGAGUGGGGACCAGACGAGCCCCUCAGGGGUGAGCAGGAGGAGGCGAACCAGGACGUGGAAGAGAAUCAUAAUGGUGCGGGUUCAAGUGUGAUCGCAGACAUGAAGUCCGUUGCCACUCAAACAAAAACAGACAGAUUACCCAAGAAGGAGUUUCCCCGUCCAGGCCAGUUCUUCAACCGCAGUCUGAAUCCGGCGCAGAGAGAAGUGGUGAAGCGCAUAUUGGUGGGAGAGUGUCGGCCCACCCCUUAUGUUCUAUUCGGACCACCAGGGACUGGCAAGACAAUGACCCUCAUUGAGGCCAUUUUACAGGUGUACCAUCGCAUCCCCUCCAGCCGUCUGCUGGUCUGCACACCCUCCAACAGCGCCGCUGAUCUGGUCUGCAUCCGGCUGCACGAGAGCGGGUUCCUCCACUCGGCCAGCCUGGCGCGCGUCAACGCCUCCUGCAGGCAGGAAGAGUCCAUUCCUGAGGUCCUGCAGCAGUACUCUCGUGCGGGAGAGGACAUCCGCCACGCCUCCUUCCACAGGAUAGUGGUCAGCACCUGCUCCAGCGCUGGAAUGUUCUAUCAGAUCGGCCUGCGGGUUGGCCAUUUCACCCAUGUGUUCCUGGAUGAGGCUGGACAGGCCACAGAGCCCGAGUGCCUGAUUCCCAUUGGCCUGUUGUCAGAGAAGGACGGCCAGAUAGUGCUGGCUGGAGACCCAUGCCAGCUGGGCCCGGUGGUGAAGUCCAAGCUAGCCUCUGUGUUUGGGCUGGGAGUGUCUCUGUUGGAGAGACUUAUGGCAAUACCCCUCUACGCUUGCGAUGAGAAUGGCUUCAACCCUUCUCUGGUGACCAAACUCCUGUACAACUACCGCUCCCAUGAGGCUUUGCUCUCGCUGCCCUCGCGGCUCUUCUAUGCUGGUGACCUGGCCAUGCACGCGCAGAGGGCCGUGGUGGACUCGCUGUGCCACUGGGGCCGGCUUCCCAGGAAGGGCUUCCCCUUAAUCUUCCAUGGAGUGCGGGCCACUGAGAUGCGGGAGGGUAAUAACCCCUCCUGGUUCAACCCUGGCGAGGCUGUGCAGGUCAUGCUGUACUGUUGCCAGCUGGCCAAGAGGCUCUACAACCCCAUCUCCCCCACCGACAUCGGCAUCAUCGCCCCUUACAGGAAACAGGUGGAGAAGAUGAGAGUCCUGCUCCACAGGGUGGGUCUAGCAGACAUCAAAGUCGGCUCUGUGGAGGAGUUUCAGGGACAAGAAUUCCUCGUCAUCAUCUUGUCCACGGUGCGAUCCAAUGAGGCUGUGCUGGAGGAAGACCUUCAGAAUGUCCUAGGCUUCCUCUCCAACCCAAAGCGCUUCAACGUGGCCAUUACCAGAGCCAAAGCCCUGCUCAUAGUUGUGGGCAACCCUCACAUUCUCAUCAAGGACCCUUGUUUCAAUGCCCUGCUGCAGUACGCUUACGACAACGGAGCCUUUGUCGGCUCUGAUCCUCCAGUUUCUCUCCAUGCGUCCCAGAGGCCUAGCUCAGAGAAAGGAAGUUGACCACCCUGACUGGAGACCCUUACCUGGAAGUCUCUCCAUCACUGUUUCAAAAGUACCGUUUGUGUAUUUUGUUAAUAAAAUAAA